AUGAUAUUACGUACCCUGUUGAUAAUUGUGGCGCUGGCAUCAGUGACACAAGCAGUACUUAAUAAAGAAUUUAAGCGUCGUGAAGCUUUCGACUCAUAUGGGCCACCACCCCGUCCUGCACCACAGUACGGCCCACCACCCGCACAUAUACCACAUCGUGAAUAUGGUGUACCACAAAAAAUUCCAUUCCGUGAAUAUGGCCCACCAGCUAUCAAAUACGGACCGCCAAAAUUAAAUUUCAUAGGCGGUGGCGGCGGUGGUGGUAACAAUUUCGGCGGUGGUCUGCAUGAACAAAUUAAGUCACAUUUUGGUGUACCAAAGCCAUUCUAUGGUCCACCACAUAUACAACAUAAGCCAGCUGGUUCUUACGGCCCACCACCAGUACCACAACCACAAUAUGGACCACCACCAAAACCAGCACCAGUAUAUGGUCCACCACCUCAACAGCAUAGACCUGCACCAAACUAUGGACCACCACCACAACUCCCCCCACAACCAAAACCUGUUUACGGUCCACCACCGCAAUUACCAUCAUCCCAUCCUGCCCCUAUUUUUAAUCCAGCUCAUCAUCCAGCCUCUUCCUAUGGUCCACCACCAUCAGGUCCUCUAAACUUACCACCAAAACAAGUGUAUGGGCCACCUGCCCCUAACUAUGGUCCACCACCAUUACCACAAAGCCUACCUGGUUCCCAUCCACCAUCCUUUAAUCGUGUACCUGAAACCACAAUCAUACUUACCAAUGGACAUGGCAAUCACCACAAUGGGCCUUCCAAGCAAGUACAAAUACAAAUUGAUGCAUCUGGUCAUACCCACAGCGUUAGCGGCUCACAAGCACCUUUCCAUACCGCUUGUGAUGGCUGGAAACCAAUACCUGCACCUGUUGGCGCUUAUGUUGAACAUAACAAUAUCGAAACACAAGGUGGUUAUAGCCAAGUAGCACAGGGCAUAGGUGCUACAGGUGCUGGUGGUUUUGGUACACAAUACAAUGGUGGACAUUCCGGUGGUAGCAUAAUUGAUGGUUUAACUGAUGAGCAAUUAGUCGCUGUUGCGCUACAAUCAGAUGGUCUCGAUGGACAUACAUUACCAGCUACUGGUCCCGCCCAUAUAAACACAAACUCACUCGAAUCUGAAGGAUUACAGAUCGCAGUUAGUGAUAUUGGUGAUAGUUAUUCAAAACCACCACUUGAUUCAUUUGCACCUGGCUCCGUACAUGCACAAAAAUUCAACUCAUUUAGCACUGCACAUGCUAGCAUUGGCGUAGCUCCUCCAAGUGGCAAUUAUGGACCACCACCGCCAUCUUCUCCAGCUGCAUUCGUUCAUCAUCACCAUGGCGCAGCACAAUCAGCCGGUAUACACUACGGUCAGCAAUCAGGUAGCGUACAUACAUUCCCCGCGCAUGGUGGCGCACCACCUAGUAAGCCCGUUGCCUUCCGUCCACCAGUUCCACAAGGCCUACUCGAAUCGAUUGGCGCAACAGUACAGCACUUAGACCAAUUCGGUGUCAAGCCAGCUGAGCAACCACAAACUUAUAUACCACCGGCAGCAAAUGAAAUUGCUAGCAGCGGUCCAGGCAAUCUCAGUCCUGGUUAUGGUGUUCCUCUACCAGCACCUUUGCCACAACCACAACCUCAACCACAUCCUCAAAUCAUAGUUGAACAACAGCUACCACAACCUCAAUCUGCUCAGGUCUUUGUACAGGUAAAUCAACCAGCACUCUUACCACAACAACAAAUUAAUCCACAACUUACACCACAAUUCACACCACAAUUCACACCACAAUUCACACCACAACUCAAUUAUUUACCACCAUUGCAGGCGCAACACGGUAACUUGAAUCAGUACGGACCACCGCCUCCACCACCACCGUCAGCAGCUCUGCAAUUAGGUCCACCAGUGCCACCAGCGCCACAGUACUUACCACCACUACCACCACCACCAGCCUCUUUCGGUCGCCCGAUUCCACCACCACCACAGCAACAAUAUCUGCCCCCACCUCCUCGACCACUUGGUGUUUUCCACCAAAACUCAUUUGAGCACUCACACAGUGCUUCCCAACUUAAUCAACAAUUUGUACACACACAGGGUUUGCCACUCCAACAAGAAGCACGUUUCAAUCAGGUACAUGAUUGUGGACAAGGUCCCAAUCUAGUCGGUGCCAGCUAUCAAUUACAACAACAACAACAGUUUGCCGGUAGCGUCUCCAGCAGUUCAGCCAAUGCCUACAAUGCAAUCUCUCAGAGCAUACCAGUUGCAGAGCAGCACACGCAGUUCAUUGAAGGACCUUCUGAUAGCUAUGGACCACCGGCAUCAGGCAAUGAUAUCGAUCACACUGGAUACGCUUCUCAAAAGUCAACAGUCACCGCUUUACCCGAUGGCACAGAUCCACAAAACCUACCCGGUUUAGAUGGCUUGAAUGUCAUAUCUGCACAGAAAUCCCAGUCCAUACAAAUCACACCAGACCAAGUAAACUCACAGCCGCAAGCAUCACAAACAACUUACCAAUUACAGUUCGGCGGCGAUGCUAGUCAAUCGAACAAUCCCGAACAAAAUGCCAAUCAUGAGGAAAUUUUAUCACAAGGCUUGCUGCAGUCCAUACUCACAGCUAUAGAACAACCAAAGGAGAAAUUACAACAGCAGCAACAGGAAGGACAACCGCAAGCCUCGAACCAUCUUUAUAACAUACAAAGCCGUUCCGACAUUGACGUACACGAGGAUGCCGGAAUUGCAGCAACUGAUGAGGAUGACAAUGAGCCUGCAAUAGCUGAGUCCAGUAAAGUUGAAGUCAAGGUGGCAGCAGAUGAUGAGGUGAAGGCAAAAAUCGAGGAAAUCAAACCCAUUGUAGCAGCAGAGGUUGAUGAAGAGCAAGACAAUGACGAUGCUAAACAUUAAACCAAAAAAAAAAAAACAAACGAAAACAAAACCGAACAAUGGCAUUGGUUAACUGCCGCAAACCAAGUCGUCGCUUGUUCACUACGAACACAACCGAUUCUAGUUAUUUAAAAAUUAUUAUGUAUAAUUUAUUUAAAACUUUUGCUGUAUUAUAAUUAGGGAAACUAAUAGAAAUGCUUUUACAUUAAUAACUGCACCCGCCCAGGAGCGGUCGUGCAUUCGUAGUCGUAAGCUCAUCCUCCACACCUAAGGAAUAUUUAUUGCAUAAGCGCCUCUCAUGCCUCAUCUCGUAAAUGUAAUUAGGCUCUUAUUUUAAGGUUGCCAUAAUUAGCUCAUGUCAUUUUUAAUGCUUCCCGAUAUAUAAUGGUUCUGUACAAUUGUAUAUAUUUGCGUAUGUAUAUUAAUUAAGCGCACAUUUCGCUAUUGCGAAUGAAGAAGGACGUACGACGAAGGAAGAAUAUUUGCACAAAUUAACAUUAAAACACAUUUAAGACAUUCUCAUUUUGAUAUAAACAUAAACAUUGUUUCAUUAAAUAACGAAA